GGCACUUGGCAAUGAGUUCGAUGUCCAAUGAGGAUCUGCAAUGCUCCUGCAACCUUUCAGCAAGCCAUGAACAUGGCUUUCCAGAACUUCGUGCGGAAGACACGUCUGGCGCAGAGUAUCAUCAACUAUUGCGUGAUUGUGUACAUGGAUGAUAUUCCGGUGUAUUCGAGUUCCUACGAGGGGCAUGUGCAGCACAUCGAAUGGACGCUGCAUGCAUUGAGAGAUGCCGGUUUCAAGGUGGCACUUGAGAAAUGUCAGUUCUUUCUCACCACCAUUUCCUUCCUGGGACACGUGGUGACAGACCAGGGGCUCAGACCGGAACCGCAAAAGGUGGCAGCAGUGAGAGACGCGCCUGUGCCCACGACUAUCACACAAGUUCGCGCCUUUCUGGGCCUGGCCUCGUACUACCGAAGGUUUAUCAAAGGCUUCGCGGCUAUUGCGGGUCCCCUCACGAAUCUGCUGACAAAGGACCAACCGUUGAUUUGGACGUCAGAAUGUGAUCAAGCGUUUUCGAAGCUCAAGGCAACCCUUAUUUCGGCUCUGGUCCUUAUAAGACCGGAUCCUGAAAAACCUUUUGUCCUCAUCACGGAUUGGCAGCCGGAGGCAAUCUCAGCGAUCUUGGCCCAGGUGGGACCAGGCGGACUCGAAUGCGUGGUGGAAUACGCGUCUAAGUCGGUGUCUGCUUGCAAGCGCAAUUACGCCGCCCCGACAGGAGAAUGCUAUGCGGCUCUGUGGGGAAUCAGUCACUUUCGAGCCUAUUUGUAUAGGCGGAAGUUCAUGUUGGUCACCGAUCAUGAGCCGUUAUUAGCCCUGAAGAAAUCUAAGGAUUACUCGGGCAUGAUCGGGAGGUGGGCAACGGUGCUACAGAGCAUGGACUUUGACAUUCGUCAUCGGAAGCACGAGAAGCACGGGAAUGUUGACGAGUUGACACGACUGCACCGACCCGAGAAGGUCCUCAAGAGCGAGGAGGUGAUUCCAUGGAACGAGCCGAAGGACGAGAACGGACCGCGGUACGAACAGGUGGAAAUUCUGUCGAAGGAGUGAGUGACACGGAGAUUUGUUCCUCUCUCCCUUCGGCCCUGCUCUCUCUCUCUCUCCCUUUCUCUCAUCCCCUCGCAUUAUGACUACCCCACCU